CGCCUCGGAGGCGCCUCGGCUCGGCCGGCCGCGGGGACCCGGACCUGCAUCCGGUCGCGGCGGGCGUCAGCGGAGCCGCUUUCCCUUCGCGCCCUGCCUUGCCUGGGGACUCGGCCCCCGCACUUGGUGGAUUUUUCAAGCCACAUUAAAUUGAUAGGAUGAAAAAAUUUAAGAGAAGGCUAUCCCUCACUCUUCGAGGAAGUCAGACUAUUGAUGAAUCAUUGUCUGAAUUGGCUGAACAAAUGACUAUUGAAGAAAACAGCAGCAAGGAUAAUGAACCUAUUGUGAAGAAUGGCAGGCCUCCAACGUCUCACAGUAUGCAUUCCUUCCUCCACCAGUACACAGGGUCUUUCAAGAAGCCCCCGUUGCGGAGACCACACAGCGUUAUUGGAGGAAGCCUUGGCUCCUUCAUGGCAAUGCCCAGAAAUGGAAGCAGAUUAGAUAUUGUUCAUGAAAAUUUAAAAAUGGGGUCAGAUGGUGAGAGUGACCAAGCUUCUGGGACAUCAUCCGAUGAAGUGCAGUCCCCUACAGGUGUUUGUCUUAGAAAUCGUAUACAUAGACGAAUCUCAAUGGAGGAUUUAAAUAAGCGAUUAUCAUUGCCUGCAGAUAUCAGAAUACCUGAUGGAUAUCUUGAAAAGUUUCAGAUAAACAGCCCACCAUUUGAUCAACCAAUGAGUCGACGGUCUCGUAGAGCUUCUUUAUCAGAAAUUGGGUUUGGGAAAAUGGAAACCUACAUCAAAUUGGAAAAGCUUGGAGAGGGAACAUAUGCAACUGUAUAUAAAGGCAGAAGUAAAUUGACGGAGAAUUUGGUGGCACUAAAAGAGAUCCGAUUGGAACAUGAAGAGGGUGCACCUUGCACAGCUAUAAGAGAAGUUUCACUGUUAAAGGAUCUAAAACAUGCGAAUAUAGUUACCUUACAUGACAUUGUUCACACAGAUAAAUCUUUGACUCUGGUCUUUGAGUAUCUGGACAAAGACCUAAAACAGUACAUGGAUGACUGCGGAAACAUCAUGAGUAUGCACAAUGUAAAGCUGUUUUUAUACCAAAUUUUACGUGGUUUGGCAUAUUGCCACAGAAGAAAGGUGUUGCAUCGAGACUUGAAACCACAGAACCUCCUCAUUAAUGAAAAAGGAGAAUUAAAGCUAGCAGAUUUUGGACUAGCCAGAGCCAAGUCAGUUCCCACAAAGACCUACUCAAAUGAAGUUGUCACACUGUGGUACCGGCCUCCUGAUGUGCUUCUGGGUUCCUCAGAGUACUCAACACAGAUUGACAUGUGGGGUGUUGGUUGCAUUUUCUUUGAAAUGGCUUCUGGAAGACCUCUGUUUCCAGGAUCAACUGUGGAAGAUGAACUGCACUUAAUUUUCCGACUGCUAGGAACUCCAUCUCAGGAAACUUGGCCGGGUGUUUCUUCAAAUGAUGAGUUCAAGAACUACAACUUUCCAAAAUAUAAACCACAGCCUCUAAUUAACCAUGCACCUAGGUUAGACUCUGAAGGAAUUGAGUUGAUAACAAAAUUUCUUCAGUAUGAAUCUAAGAAAAGGGUUUCAGCAGAAGAGGCCAUGAAACAUGUGUAUUUUCGAAGUCUGGGACCAAGAAUACAUGCUCUAUCUGAAAGUGUUUCAAUAUUCAGUUUGAAAGAAAUUCAGUUGCAAAAGGACCCGGGUUUUCGAAAUUCUUCUUAUCCAGAGACAGGACAUGGGAAGAACAGAAGACAGAGCAUGCUCUUUUAAGUCUGAUAACAUGAUUUCAAGCCCAGCCCCCCAGCCUUUCUUAUCAAUCAAGGACUCAGAUCUGAAGGCAAUUAUUUCUUUUGGUGGACUUGGAAUCUCCGUUUGUCUACACUGUCCUCUUCACAGUGGAGUCUUUUUAUUUCAGACCUACAGAUUGUUUUUAUAUUUGUUGUCACAGUGUGACAAUUUUUUUGUACAGUUGGUUUUAAGGUCUCUUCUGCCAUUAGAGCCAGUAGGUUACAGCUAUUGAUGUAACUGUAGCUGCAAUUUUUGUGCAGGACUGAGAAACACAGUGCAUUAUUUAUUGCGGAAUCAUUGCUGCUAAAUAACUACUGUCUGUUUAUUUAACACACCAGUUGAAUGCCCGAAGAAGUUGCAGUGGCUUUAUUAUGUGAAUGCAUCUGUUUCUUCUCACAGAUUGUUUGACUGCUGCAUUUUUUGUUUGUUUGUUUUUAAAAUUGAACUGCAGUGUUGCCUGGAAUGUAAAUUUAGCUUUGCUUAACAGUAAAAUAAGUGAGCCAUCUUGAACACUCUAAGUUCAUGCUAUAUAAUUUCUUAUUGAAUAUUGGCAAAUAGAGUAGUUAAGAGAUUGAUAAGCACAGUAUGUUUAGGAAAGCAUGUGAUGCAGAAGGCGAUUCAAGCAAGUGAAUACCAGACAUUUUGGGGAUUUCUCGUUAGACACCAGUAAUUAAAGCACCAGAAUUAUUUAUUUUUAUCUAUUCCUCAUUUUAGAAAUAUCUACUGCAUAUUACUGGCUAUUUGCAUACUAAUACGCCUAACUAAUUUUAUGUUGUGCUUUACUUCAGUUAAAACUAAACCAAGUCCAGUCAAACAUGAAAGGUCUUGCUCUUGUUUAUUUUAAAUAUAUUUCUUUUUUUUUUUAAGAAAGGAUGAUAUUCCACUGAGGAACAAUUUAUUUCAUUUAGGGGCUGUGUGUGUGUGUGUGUGUGUGUGUGUGUGUGUGGUAUGUAUGUCUGUUUUAAUAACCUUCACUUGGAAUCAGCUGAAAGCUGUAAUACGUCUUUGAAAUGAGCCAUGAUAAGCUACAACGAGAGAAACGAGAACUUAGAAGAUUGUUCUAGAGAAUUAUAGGUAUUAUCUGUUUACCGGAUAUAGUCGAUAUUACAGUUUUGAUUGUGCAUCUCUUUGAACAUCAUAAACACACCUUGGUGUUACUAGCAGUGUUUUAAGCAUUUGUGUUCACUUACUAAGGACUAUUUGUUUAGUGCAUCUUACAAACUAUAAAUCUUCAUUGGUAUAUUUUGAAAUGGUCAUGUAAGUUUUUGGCUUAUAUAUCAUGAAAAUAAUCAUAACUUAAUUUUUUUUCCCUGGUAUUCACUGUUAAACAUUCAGGGGUCCUGCCAUUUCUGUUCAGGAAAUCUUGUAGUUUAUUGUUGUUAUUUAACAGUAUUAAGUGAAUCUUUGUAUAUUUCAUUUUAACUUUAUUUGUGAAUAGUGAUUGUGGCAUGUUUGGGGUGUUAUUUUAAUAUUUCAUGAUACUGAAAUUUUAAUUUUUUAAAAAAAUUUUUCUGGAAGAAACAGAUUGGUGUGUAAUGGUGAAUAUUGGACCACUACUGCUUUUCACAUUUGUAAAUUGGUUUUAUGUUAAACCUGUAGCCUAACAAACUGCUGUUAUUUCUAACUGACAGACAUGUAUUAAUAUUGUACUUUGCAGGUUAUAAAUAUUAUGUGGAAAUUCCUCCAUUUUGUUUUGAAAUUUAUAAUAACAGAAUCUUCAUGUUGUUAAAAAUGUGGUUUUGUUGAGUUACGGUUCUUUCUUGGGGAAGAAGGCUGUGCAGUGUGGGAUCAUUUAUUUUUAUGGGUCUUAUUUUUAAGAUAAUGAAGUCUCAUUGUGCCAAUAGUGAUAGCUAAUUAUUUGUGAUAGCCAUUUGUUUUGUUUCUCUGCUCUUAUUUUUUAGGAUAGCACUCUCAAUUAAAAAGUGUUAGAUUUAUCAUUUCAUAGGAGAUGUGUGUGUGUACUUGAUUUGUUGCAAAUUUGACAUACAGUUAUCCAUAAGUUUGAUUCUUACAUAUAUCCAGUAGUCAUAUAAAAUUCUGCUUCCUAGAUGCCCUAGGGAUGUGUCUUCAUUUUAUUAAAGAGUUUGGUAAGCAAAAAAGUGUUUUUUGACACUAGAGCACCAUUUAGAUCCUGAAAAGCUUAUAGUGAAAAGAAUUAAAACUCAGAAAUUUUGAACCUUGAACAGUUAGAUUCAUCUUAAGCUGACAAGUUUCAUAAAAGUAAGAGAGGAUGCCUUUUUUGGUUUCUUUCCAAAUGGUGGUGUUUACACACAUUGAAUGUGCCAUUCCAGGUGUUUAGAAGUGGCUGCGUUCUAUUUGGUGCUUUAGCAGCUUAGGUUUGAAAGACUACAUGUUAACAUAUGCGAUGUGAUGGAUUGCUUUUAUACAGCCGUGUUAGCCGUGGUCUUGUAACUCCCACUAAAUGAUUCAGUGGGACUAUGCAGAUAAGGUGCUUGUGGCCCACCAUGGGAAUUGGACAGCUUGUCAAUAAUGCACAUAAGGUUCAUGACACCCUUGUAGGGGAGGGACCGUGCAAAUAAGGUAUAUGGAACCCUAAUGAGGGACUGGUCAGUUUUGCCAUCCCACUAGGCUUAAAAUGAGCCAUCGCGGUGGUGAAAAGGGGGCACCGCACUACCAUCAAGAAGAAAAACCAGGAGCGGAGCGCAUACUUUGGACCCAGGGUUCUUGCUCUGAGAACCUCCUAGACCCAGAAGCUGCAGAGAGAGCUCUAACACUGGAGAUGGCACGAGACGGUGAGAAGUGGCAGCAGAGAAGGAGCAUCAGUGAAACAGCAAUGGCAGAACCGGGACACUAGCAGGAGUCAGCACAAUGGGCUUCCUAACCCACGGAGCAAGGUGGCUACAGUGAGUGUGCCAACCCAUGGAGGGAGAGAGCUGAUCACCUUCAGGCAGGAGGCUUGCUGGUGGAGUGGAGUGCCCCCAGGCCCUUACUGGAGAUGCUAAAGAGCUUUGUGACACUUGCCCAAGCAGGGCAGAGGCCGGGCCGAGAGACCGAGGGAGAGAGAGGCCUGCCUGCGGGCAUGGCUGAGAAGAUGUCCUGCUGGAAGAGCUGUAUCCUGAGUUGUUCCUGAUCCUGAAUUGUAACCUGUUACUUCCUUAAUAAACCCCAUAAUCGUGA